UUCCUUCAUUUCCUCUUCUUCUCCACUCUUUGCUUUAGAUUAUUUCCUUUCUCAGUUUACCAUAAUUUCUCCAUCAACGAUCAAUGGAAAUCAUGGAGAAGAUGAUUUCAUAGUGUUCUCUUUUGCAUCUCUUGAUGGGGUCUGGUAAAGAAGAAGAAUGCGAGAAGGAUCUGGAGAAGGGACUUUCUCCGCCUCAUUGGCCUGCCCAGUUGGCAGAAACAAUACCUCGUCCUUCUCCAACGACGCCAAGGCCUGCUCUGGUUCUAUCAAAUUCGGGGAAGGCUUUAAUGGCGUCCAAUUCAGGGAAGGCUUUAGUGGUAUCCAAUUCAGGAAAGGCCCUAGUGGUGUCCAAUUCUGGCAAGUUUCUUGCAGGUUCUAAUUCCGGAAAGCGAUUUGAUAAAAUGAAGUACGUGAAACAAGUCACUGGCCGCCACAAUGACACUGAGCUACACCUGGCAGCACAGCGUGGUGAUGUAGGAGCAGUCAGGCAGAUUUUGGCUGAAAUUGAUGCUCAGAUGAUGGGGACACUUAGUGGAGCAGAAUUUGAUGCUGAGGUGGCAGAAAUAAGGUUAGCAGUUGUCAAUGAGGUGAAUCAAUUAGGAGAGACAGCAUUGUUCACUGCAGCUGAGAAGGGGCAUUUGGAUGUGGUUAUGGAGCUGUUGCAGUAUACGACUAAGGAGGGCAUCUCAUUGAAGAAUCGAUCGGGAUUUGAUCCAUUGCAUAUUGCAGCCAACCAAGGUCAUGAAGCCAUUGUCCUGGUGCUAUUGGACCAUGAUCCAGGACUUAGUAAAACAGUUGGCCAAGCAAAUGCAACCCCUCUUGUGUCUGCAGCUACAAAAGGACAUACAGCUGUAGUUAAAGAACUGCUCUCCAAAGAUCCUAGCUUGCUAGAGAUAUCAAAAUCAAAUGGAAAAAAUCCAUUACACUUUGCUGCCAGGCAAGGGCAUGUUGAUAUUGUUAAAGCAUUGCUUGACAAGGAUCCACAGUUGGCAAGAAGGACUGAUAAGAAAGCACAGACAGCAUUGCAUAUGGCAGUCAAAGGAGUAAGCUGUGAGGUGGUGAGGUUGCUUCUUCAGGCAGAUUCAGCCAUUGUCAUGCUCCCAGACAAGUUUGGUAAUACAGCGUUACAUGUGGCUACUAGGAAAAAACGGGCAGAGAUAGUGAAUGAACUUUUACACCUCCCUGACACUAGUGUAAAUGCGCUUACAAGAGACCAUAAAACAGCUCUUGACAUAGCUGAAGGGCUUCCACUCUCAGAGGAAAUUGCUGAAAUAAAGGACUGUUUGUCUCGUUAUGGUGCUGUCAGGGCAAAUGAGCUAAACCAACCACGAGAUGAGCUCAGGAAAACAGUGACAGAGAUCAAGAAAGAUGUGCAUACCCAGCUUGAGCAAACCCGCAAAACAAACAGAAAUGUGAAUGGCAUUGCUGUGGAGCUGCGUAAACUUCAUCGGGCAGGUCUGUACAAUGCCACCAAUUCAGUCACAGUGGUAGCGGUGCUUUUUGCAACAGUUGCAUUUGCAGCUAUUUUCACAGUUCCUGGGGGUGAUAAUGACAGCGGAAUGGCUGUUGCCGUCAGCAGAGUGUCAUUUAAGAUCUUCUUCAUCUUUAAUGCCCUUGCACUCUUCAUUUCACUUGCUGUUGUGGUGGUACAAAUCACAAUUGUAAGAGGAGAGAUGAAAUCCGAGAGGAGGGUUGUGGAAGUAAUCAAUAAGCUGAUCUGGUUGGCUUCUGUCUUCACUAGUAUUUCAUUCAUGUCUUCAUCAUAUAUAGUGGUUGGUCGACAUAACGAGUGGGCUGCAAAUUUUGUUACCGUUAUAGGAGGAGUGAUAAUGGCUGGGGUUCUUGGUACCAUGACAUAUUUUGUUGUCAAAAACAAAAGGAUUCGAAAAGUAAAAAAGAAAGAGAAGAAUUCAAGGAAUGCAACACACUCAUUGUGUGUAUCAGAUUCUGAUUCCGAAGUGAACCCAAUCUAUAACACAGAGAGACAGGGGAGCUUUGGUCUAUUUCAAAGCCAAGAACCAAGGAAGCAAAGGAGCAGGAAACUACGGGGAAUGGAGCAAAGCUUUGGCUUCGGGAAAAAGAAGAUGACAAAGCAGAUGACAGGUAAAAGGGAUGAUACACCGCUGCACUCAGCUGUGAGAGCAGGAGAUUUUGAAUUGGUUUUGGAAAUAAUUAGUGGUGGUGAUGAUGGAGAGUUGAAGGAUUUGUUGUCUAAGCAGAAUCAAUCAGGUGAAACUGCCCUAUAUGUUGCUGCUGAGUGUGGUUAUGCCGAUUUAGUGAAGGAAAUGAUGAAGUACUAUGAUAUUGAUUUGGCGGGUGCUCAAGCAAGGAAUGGCUAUGAUGCUUUUCAUAUUGCUGCCAAGCAAGGGGACUUGGAGAUAUUGAAGAUUCUCAUGGAGGCCAACCUUGAUCUUUCAAUGACUUCUGAUUCUUUAAACACCACUGCAUUGCAUACUGCUGCAUCACAAGGCCACACUGAAGUGGUGAAUUUCCUCUUGGAGAAAGGCAGCAACAUGGCCACAAUAGCAAGGAGAAAUGGGAAAACUGCCUUGCAUUCGGCAGCAAAGAAUGGGCAUUUAGAGAUAGUAAAGGCCCUUUUGUCUAAAGAACCUGGAAUUGCAACGAGAAUUGACAAGAAGGGCCAGACAGCUCUACACAUGGCAGUUAAAGGAAAGAAUGUUGAAGUGGUAGAUGAGCUGAUAAAGUCGGAUCCUUCUUUAAUAAACACGGUUGAUACUAAGGGCAACACUGCUUUGCAUAUAGGAACUCAAAAGGGUCGGAUUCAGAUUGUUCAAAAGCUGCUAAACGACAGUGGAGUUCACAAACUAGUCAUCAACAAGUUUGGGGAAACGGCUCUUGACACUGCAGAGAAAAAUAAGCGAUCUGAUAUUGCAGGCAUCUUAAGAGAGCAUGGAGUUCAGUCUGCCAAAUUCAUCAAGUCGCAACCUACAACUUCAGCUCGAGAACUAAAACAAACUGUAAGUGAUAUAAAGAAUGGGGUUCAUCACCAGCUUGAGCAUACACGCCAAACAGGAAAACGCGUGCAAGGCAUAGCUAAGCGGCUUAACAAAAUGCAUGUUGAAGGUCUCAAUAAUGCAAUCAACUCCACCACAGUGGUGGCAGUUCUCAUUGCCACUAUUGCAUUUGCGGCCAUUUUCAAUGUCCCAGGCCAAUAUGCUGACAGUCCUGAAGAUAUUGCACCAGGAGUAUCUCCAGGACAAGCAAGAAUCGCUUCAAAGCUGCCGUUUAUGAUUUUUAUUGUGUUUGACUCCAUAGCCCUCUUUAUAUCACUGGCUGUUGUGGUAGUGCAAACCUCAGUUGUAGUUAUACAGAGAAAUGCGAAGAAGCAGAUGAUGGCAGUUAUUAAUAAGCUCAUGUGGUUGGCUUGUGUGCUGAUUUCAGUUGCAUUUCUUGCCCUCUCGUAUAUUGUAGUUGGAGAAGAUGAGAGGUGGUUAGCUAAUCUUAUUACUGGUAUAGGGACUGUUAUCAUGGUAUCAACAUUGGGGACAUUGUGUUAUUGGUUGAUUGUGAACCGUAUUGAGGCUUCAAAAAUUCGGAGCAUUCGGAGGUCUUCAAUUAAUAGUAGAUCUAGGUCAUUAUCAAUGUCAUAUAUGUCUGACAUAGAUAUUCUGAAUGAUGAGCAUAAGAAACUCUAUGUAGUUUGAUCUUUGAUGCGCCUUAUAUCCUUCUCCCCAACCACCUACCCACCUCUUUACCUCAUGUACAUAUAUCUAACUGUAGCAGAAUGUCAGCUUAGUGCUCCUCAUUGAAUCAAAAUUGCAAGACCCAUGUUAUCCAGAUUGUAAAACAGCAGAUAUCCUUUUUAGAGUUCAAUGGAUCGAGGAAACUAAUUAGUCAAUGAUUUAGCUUCAUUGCCUGUAUUAUCUCUCAAUCAUUGUUACAUUCCUAAGACAUCUGAUUGUUUUA